AUAAAGGGCAGACCUGGAAACUUUGCCAGUCAGCAAGUCGGCUCCAAGUCAACAUUAAUGCUGCAGAUAUGGCAGAGCAGGAACUUUACUAUGCUACAGUGGCUAUAAAAAGUAAGAUAGAGCUUCAACCAAGAGUUACAAAUGAGAAUGAGACAGAGUAUGAUGAAGUAAAGGUGAACAAAGAACCACCUCAGGCUAAAACAGUGAAAGAAGCUGAAGUGGAGAAGCAGAAUGAAAGUGUUCAACAAACACCUGACCAAACAGUCAAGGAAGCAGAAAGAUUUUGCCGCUAUCAGCAGCUGUGUUGCUGCUUUGGGACUCUCUGUGUCAUUUUGGUGCUCAGCGUCAUUGGAGUUUGGGUUUAUUUUCGUGUGAGCACUGCAAGUGAGCUGAACCAGCUGAAAUCAUCCCAGAAGGUUCUGCGGGAGGAGAAUCAGAACCUGACCAACCUCAACAACAAACUCAGUUCAGAUUAUAAAAAUCUAACAAUUCAGUUUGACAACUUGACUACGGCUUCUAUCACCUUAAAAAACAACAUCACCACACUGACUGUAGAAAACUACAACCUGACUGUAGCGACUACAAUGUUAAAAAACAACAUCACCACACUGACUGUAGAAAACUACAACCUGACUGUAGCGACUACAAUGUUAAAAAACAACAUCACCACACUGACUGUAGAAAACUACAACCUGACUGUAGCGACUACAAUGUUAAAAAACAACAUCACCACACUGACUGUAGAAAACUACAACCUGACUGUAGCGACUACAAUGUUAAAAAACAACAUCACCAUGCUGACUGUAGAAAACUACAACCUGACUGUAGCGACUACAAUAUUACAAAACAACAUCACCACACUGACAACAAAAAACCGCAACCUGACAACAAUUAAUGAGGAGCUGAGGAAAGACAAGAAAAACCUCACAGAACUGAUAAAAAACAUGGAGGGAACCUGGAACGAGCUCAAUGUCAGUCGAGCUCAGUGGAGCAUAGAUGUGUACUGUCCUAAAAAAAAUGGUGGGAGAAAUUGCACUUCUUGCCAGACUGGCUGGAAUUACAACAUUUCCAGCUGUUAUGCUUAUAAUGAUGCUAUACCUUCUGAUCAACGAAACUGGGAAGGUGCACGAGAAGACUGCAAAACGAAGAAUUCAGAUCUGACUGUUGUGUCUAACAAUGCAGAAAAGGAUUAUGUCAAAACACAAAGUCCUGCUACAGGGGGCAUUACUGGAUUCUGGAUUGGUCUCAGAGCUGUAGAAGGGAAAUGGAAAUGGCUCGAUGGAAGUGAUCUGACCAAUCAAACCUGGAUACAACAGCCUGCCACUGAUGGUAAAUGUGUAACUUCUCUCCAGAACCGAGAAUGGACAUCAGUGAACUGUACUGAAAGAAAUGCCUGGAUCUGUGAGAAGAAGGCUUUAUCUGUUUAAACAUGAAAUGUUCAGGUUUUUGACAAGCUGUUUGGAAAACCUUAUUUAAGUCUUAUGCAAUUUUCUGGUUUAGCUCUUUUAAAAGCUCUUUUUAAAAGGUUUUACAAGUUUCAAAUGUUUUUCUGAUGAUUUGUCUGAAGUUGUAAAUUUAAAGUUUAUCAACAGAUUCAAAAGCCAGACAAAAUGACAUUUACGGUUGCUGAACUUUUUACUGAUGGUUUUUGUAGAAACUUCCUAAAGUCAACGCUUCAGCAUAACUUUAGGAUUCCCACUGCCUGUGAAUCAUUCUUCAAUAGUUAAGAUCAUUUGUAUAUACUGUAUAACUAUUACAUAAGUUAUUUUGUGCAAUCUAUUACACAGAAUAACACAAUUGUUAUUUUUAAAGAUGUGAAUAAAAAAAAUGUCUGCCAUUUUGUCCCAUCAUAUAGCUUAUCAAACAUUUGUGAUGCCUGAUUUUGAUUAAGAACUCCAAUAAAUCUCUUCAUAUUAAAGCAAA